AUGCAAAAGCCUGUAUCCGUCAGUGAUUGCUGUGAUGGAUCCUCGAUGCUCGAGUCUGCAUCUGAUCCUCCCGUCCUCAGCACCGAGUCUCCCGCCGCUCCUCCGCAUUGGGCCCGGUAUCUCGUCCCGUAUCCCACCGAAGAGACUUCCUCGAGUCCUACUCAGAGUUCUCUCUUUACUCAGCUCGAUACUCACACUUGCAUUGUCGAGAACCGUGCUCGUACUCGACCGCCUACUUCUUUCUCCGGCACCCUGCCUCCCAACUGCGACGACUAUGAGCUGGCCCUCGCCAUCAAGCCUCAGGUCACAAAGCAUUUCGUUAAAGACCGCAGAGCAUGGCUUCGCAAAGAACGAGCCCUCCUUGAGUCCGACCGACGAGCUGGUGCUCGCGUGACCGGGGCUUCCAUUGCCCGAGCCUUGAAGCCGACCUGCACCCGCCCCGACAAACCUAGGCACACCGCCCUCCGUAUUAGUGCCCCUACCCGUCAAGAUAAGGACUUCACUCCGCUGGCCGAUCGAACCAAUAACCUUAAAGUGGAAUGGACGGGAGAGCCCGUCGACCUCACCAACGACUCCUACGUGGGACCAACUUCAUCAUGA